CGAAAUCAGGUCUUUCUAAUAAUUCUGACAUUAGAAGCGCGGACAAGCGUAAUAGUAGAAAACCAUAUAAAUUGUGAAUUAAUAGUGUGCAAAUGGGUAAUCAAUUGAUAGCCCGUUUUAGGCCGGCCAGCCAGCCCAUCCCACAUGGGUAAUCACGAAUAAACGUAUGUAAUUUGCGUUCAUACGUAACACAGCACAAUAGCGUGAUGUCGUAGUCCUACGUUCGCGGAAUAAGUGACUAGCCAUCUUGCUGUACAUGACGAGAUUCGGAUUCUCUUGUUAUCGGAACGAGUGCAACAAGGCCGAUGCUGUUUUCAUUGGCGCAUGCAGGCUUAGUUUGAUUUCUCGAUAAAAUUGUGGCACUAACGAGAUCGUCAUGCUAUGCGCUUCCGCCGAAGGAUAUAUAAAACGGCACGCGCUUCUAUACCCGCACGCAGAGUGGUGUUGUUUGUCCGAUUGCAAAAAUGCGACCACUUUCGGGUAUCUUACUGCUGCUCCUUACCUGCCAACUCGCUACGUCGACACCGAUUUUCAGUAGAGAUGGAACAGGUCGAUCAACUGGAUUUGGAGAAACAAUACGAGAUUGGUUUAAAAUGAUCAAGGACCGAAUUGUGGGAAAAUGGCGGGAAUGGUUUGGCAAAGAUAGUCCAACUCCGAAUUUAUCACCACAGGAUAUUUUGAACAUUGAUAAGACCUUAGAGGGUCGAAUAUCGAGUUAUCCAGGCUUGUUCUUAGAUUUAUCUAGCUUAUCGUUCGACCCAAAACGAGAUUGGGGCGUCCGGAUUGGUAACUGGUACAUCAUCCGGAAAAUUGCAGGCAAUGACUACGGGGACAGUGAUUCGGAUGAGUGGGACGUUAUGCCGAAUCUGCCUCCUAUAUUUGGGACCGACUGGACACCUGACUUCAGUAAACUUCCAACAGAAAUUCCGAAAACUACGCAACCUCCAUCGACUACACCAAAGAUCGAAUUGACUACAUCGAGACAACAGACAACCCAAACUGUUACUCAAACGCAAUCAGAUUUAACUUUUACCGAAUCAACUGUAACCACCGAGGCUAUCGUGACUUCUACCAAAUCGAUUCCACUUACUACCCAACUAAUUACAACUUCCAUAGAGCCGAAUAUAGAAAUUGAUUCAUCAAGUGAAGAAAUGAUAACUUCCAGUGAAUCUGUUGUAAUGAAUAGUGUACCGGUUGCAGUACCUAUUAACUCUACAUUAACAUCUACCGAGUCAAUUACCGAAUCAACUGUUUCGUCAGUUGAUACUACUAUGUUUUCCGUCACAUCGACAUCAUCCACUGAUCUAACUUCUAUCAAAUCGAUCGAAACAUCUAUCGAAUCUGCAGUUUCUAAUGAAGCAGACAAUCAGUCUUCUGAGGAAUUAACUACUACUACUAUUACCAAUGACUCAUCCGAAACGUCCACCGAACAAAUUUUACCUUUCUUUAAUAAGCGAGUAGAAGAUAAUGAAACCGUUAAUAAACGUACCACGAAGAAACCUCGUCCAGCAUCCGCCGAAGUUAUAACGUUUUAAAUAGAUUGUAUAUCAUAAAAAAAUUCAGGUGUACAUCUUCAAUGAUUUUUAAUAAAGUUUUAAGUAUGUAAGUUGUAAAUACAUAUUGAUUAGAUAUAAAAAUAUUAAUAUACUGAAAAUUGAAGUAAAAAAAAUAA